UAUAGCGUCCUCUUAAAGUUUAUUGUGUGUGUGUGUUCGUCUCUGUUCUUUGUUUAUGAACGCACAUCUCGCCGAAAACCGAAGUCCUGUAAUUUAUUGAUCAGCAGAAGAAAUUUGCACAAUUCGUAUUCUAACAGUUGAUUAAACACAAUAAAUUUCGCGUUGUUGUUUUAACAGGCGUGCUUUAUUUACAUUUUUCUACUAUAAUUCUCGAAUACCUACACAACAAAAUAAUAAUAAUGGCAUCAGCACCGUACCUUGAUCAGUAUCUUGGAUCUUUGAAGAAUCUUCCUAUUGAGUUGAAACGAAACAUGGCUUUGAUGCGAGACCUCGAAAAGAGAGCUCAGGAAGAGAUGCGAGAAAUCGACAGACUAGCGGACUACUUUAUGAAGAAUGUCCAUCUCUACAAGCGAAAUAAAAAAAAUGAAGCUAUGAUGAAACGUAAAUAUGACAAAGUAAAAGAACUAAACGAUGACAAAGUUAAAUUGUCUAUUCUAACUUAUGAAAUGGUGGACGAACAUAUUAAGGACUUGGAUCCAAACAUAGCUCGCUUUGAAUCCGAAAUUCAAGACAGAGCCAAUGAUGCUAAAAAAAAAGCAGAGGAAGUAAAACGUGGACGCAACAAGAAUAGAAGCAGUGAAAUUUGGAUAAAGAUUGAAAAUGAUGAAGAUGCAGCUCGUUACGAUAUACCGAUAAAGCAACAACCUAAAAAAGGACUUUCAAAAACGUCAAGUGCGGCAUCGAGCAAAACAUCUUCGGCCAGUGUUGUCAGUAAUCCGAAAAACCCUACAAAAAGUGUAGCCAGUGCUGCAGUAGAGACUGCCCCCCUUACUGGAACAUUAGUUAGUGCUGGAGCUGUACACUCGCCUGAUGUAUUUGACAUGCCUGUUGAUCCAAAUGAACCAACAUACUGUUUGUGCAACCAAGUUUCCUAUGGUAAAAUGGUUGGCUGUGAUAAUCCCGAUUGUCCUAUUGAAUGGUUUCACUUUGAAUGUGUCAAAUUAACUACCAAGCCCAAGGGAAAAUGGUUUUGUUCAAAAUGUUUAAAAAAUAAGAAGAAAAAAUAAUGUACUUGAAAUAUGAAAUAAGAUUAUUUUUUUUUUAAUAUAUAUUAUACAGUAUACUUACACAUAUUAUGUAUAUCCAUGUUAAUGUGUAUAUAAUAUACAUGUAUGUAUGUGCAAAUAAUAUAAUAUGGCGUUUAAUUUUAUGUUCAUUUUCUUACAGUCUUAAACAAUUGAUUGAAAUUGUAAUUUGCAGUAUUACUAUUGUCGUAGAAUUAGAAAUACAUGUAGUAUUUGAAUUACAUAUUCAAGAAUAAAAUAAUAAUUAAAUAGAAUAAACUUUCGAUUCUUA